AACGAGCAGUAACCGGCACAGAAUGCAGCGAUGCAAUUGGUCACUCAGAGAGAUGUCGGUACUUACCGCCGGGACUUCACUCUCUCAGGGUCCGGGUGCCAAGAUGAGAGCUGUUUGUGCCCUGCUGCUGCUGCCGAUACUUCUGGGCCAGGGAUGGGCUGCGCCCCGGGCACUACAGGGAGGCCGGUCUGAGCACGUUGGCAUCAGAAACCCGUUCUCCCAGGGCCCCGAGGAGCUCAGCCUCCUGCAGGGGUAUCUGAAGGAAAAGGACCCACUGGAAACCAAUGCCUCCAACCUGAGGAGAGAGAAGGCUAUUCUCCACCUCUUCCUCCUCCAUGACUAUGACAAGAGUGGGUGCCUCGAUGGCCUGGAACUCAUGCAGCUUCUCAGCGGGAUUCUGUCCCACGCGUCACAGGGAGAACCAACCCACGAAUCCGUCAUACAGAUGGUGGAUGAAGUCUUAGAGAGACAAGAUCUAAACAGAGAUGGACUUCUGAGUGCCCCCGAGCUUGUGACUCCCCCAAUCUAUGCAUCUGAGGAGGAUGUCUCUCAGGACAAUGUAUCAUUGGUCAUCCCACCGCCUCAAGAGUCUCAGGGAUUGGACAAUAUGGAGAACCCUACAGACACCAAUGAGAAACCAGAUGAGGAGAUGGAAGUUCAGGAAGUUGAAGACCCAUCAGAGCAAGAAGAUGGCCCUCAACCUUCACCAAGUGACUCCCCGGUUGCCCCUGAGCCAGAGAAUGAGGAGAACAUUCAAGAGGAGGCCGGCGAGACGGUUCCGGACACCAAACCAGGAGAAGAUGGACAACAGAAUGAAGAGGCUGAAGGGAAGCAUGAAGAAUGGAGGACAGAGGAUGAGAUCUGAUUGGCCGUGACUGCUGCUCGCUUGUGCAUGUAGGCCUUCCCUGAGGAGCAUGUUCAUAAGUACCAGCCCUGCUGCCCCAGGAGGAGACACGGGGAGGUAACAUGGCGUCAGUGGGCAUCCAUACUGGGUACGUGGGGCAAUCCGACCACAAGAGCAAAUCGAACCCAACGUGGAUGUAAAUAAUCCUAUCAAAAUGCAAAGAUACGGUUUUAAUUGAUACGAUUUUAUUUGGAACAAGUCCCACAGGUUCCGACGAGCCAAUAACCACUAAGCAGGAAGUGUCCAACCUUGGUCUCCGCUGGCUGGAGAUGCACGGAAGGGUCAUUACAUGCCUGGUUCCGACUCCCCCCACAGUAUGUCCCACCCACACCGACUGGUUCCGACUCCCCCCACAGUAUGUCCCACCCACACCGACUGGUUCCGACUCCCCCCACAGUAUGUCCCACCCACACCGACUGGUUCCGACUCCCCCCACAGUAUGUCCCACCCACAACGACUGGUUUCCGACUCCCCCCACAUUAUGUCCCACCCACACCGACUGGUUCCGACUCCCCCCACAGUAUGUCCCACCCACACCGACUGGUUCCGACUCCCCCCACAUUAUGUCCCACCCACACCGACUGGUUCCGACUCCCCCCACAGUAUGUCCCACCCACACCGACUGGUUCCGACUCCCCCCACAGUAUGUCCCACCCACACCGACUGGUUCCGACUCCCCCCACACCGACUGGUUCCGGACCCUCUAUAAGGAACACCUAGAUCCCAACCUCAGGCAACUGCUUCUUCUUCUCAUUGGUCUGAGCCUAUUGGCCGGGGCCCGGCUGUGUCUGUUCCCUCAGAACCACUUAUUUCUGCUAAUUCUCAGGUUUCUUGUAUUGGACGAAUAAAUAAUGUGCUGAUUG